AUGUCUGCUUCCGAAGGUGAGAAGAAGGUUGUGGAAGAGAACGAAGUUCCGAAAGGCGGAGAGCUUUUGUUCUGUGGUGCCACGUGUUGGGAUAUCGUUGGUCGGAAGAAAGGGCCGGCUGAAGGGAACUUGGUCUCUCCGUCAAGGCUAAGGCCUCUCGUUGGGAUUGAUAUUCGUUACGUUGCUUCUGGUUGCGCGUCUUGUCAUUGUUUGGCAUUGGAUGUUGAAGGGCGGUGCUAUACAUGGGGACGUAAUGAGAAAGGGCAACUGGGUCAUGGAGAUACUAUUCAGCGUGAUAGGCCAACUGUGGUGUCUGGACUUUCAAAAUACAAAAUUGUUCAAGCUGGAACUGGGAAGAGCCAUACAGUGGUUGUUACAGAUGAUGGAAAUUCUCUAGCAUUUGGAUGGAACAAACAUGGACAGCUAGGUUCGGGUUCUACAAAAAAUGAAAUUGAAUCAUCUCCCAUUCGCUGUGUCGUUUCUGAAGUUAAAUAUGCUACAUGUGGUAGCGACUUUUCUGUCUGGUUGUCUUCAGUUGAAGGAGCUUCUAUACUGACUGCUGGGCUUCCACAGUAUGGGCAGCUUGGGCACGGAACAGAUAAUGAGUAUAAUUCCAAAGAAAGCUCUGUGAAAUUAGUUUACGAACCACAGCCACGACCUCGAGCCAUAGCUUCCCUGGCUGGUGAAACUGUUGUCAAGGUGGCAUGUGGAUCAAAUCACACAGUGGCGGUGGAUAAGAAUGGGUUUGUCUACACGUGGGGUUAUGGUGGUUAUGGAAGGCUAGGUCACAGGGAGCAGAAGGAUGAAUUUGCUCCACGUCGUAUUGACAUUUUCACAAAUAGAAAUGUUUUACCUCCUGAAGCAAUUAUUUCAGCAGGUUCUUUGAGUUCUGCUUGUACUGCAGCUGGAGGGCAGUUGUACAUGUGGGGCAAACUAAAGAACACUGGUGAUGACUGGAUGUACCCGAAGCCUCUAAUGGACUUAAGUGGUUGGAAUAUACGAUGCAUGGAUUCUGGGGGUAUGCACCAUUUUGUCGGGGCUGAUUCCUCAUGCAUAAGUUGGGGUCAGGCUCAGAAUGGAGAGCUGGGAUACGGCCCUACUGGACAAAAGUCUUCAGCUGUACCCAAAAAGGUGGAUUUACUUGAGGGUAUGCAUGUAAUGAGUGUUGCUUGUGGUUUGGGUCAUUCCAUGGUUGUGGUUGACAGAGCAAAUAUUGCUGAAAGACUUGACCAGCUUGAUACACAUGACGGCAAAGCUGUUGGUGAAGAAGGUACUGAGCCUGUGAACAAAACUCCAGUCCCUAAGAAGGCUGCUGCUCCUAAAAAGGGUGCAAAGAAAGCUGACAACUCAAAGAAGAGGAAAACAGCAAAAGAUUCAUCUGACUCGGAAGAAGAGCAAGAACAGGCUGAAGAAAGUGACUAUAGCGAUGAUGAAGUUAAUGGUGAGGCUGAGGUUAAGAAAUCACGUGGUGGAAAAAAUUCUGGCAAGGGUCGAGGAAAGGCAUCCAAAAUGUCUGAGCCUGAGAGCAAAGGUUCUGGCAAAGGGCGCGGUCGCGCUCCUGCAAAUAAAAACAGUUCUAAAUCUACUCCGGUGAAGUCAUCUGCUGGUAAGAGAGGAAGACCCAAAAAGGCAUGA